GAAUAAUAUUAUGGAGUCUGAAGAAGGAAUAAGAUGGAGAAAGCCAGCUCUGAAAGCUAUAGAAACAAAAGUUAAAAAAAGCAAAGGAAUAAUAGAUCAUGAAGGAGAAUUAGAAGAGCCAGUGAGCCCAGCUGGGCGGAUGUUCCAUGAACCAAACUUCAACGUGCAUGUGAUAGCAAUCAUGGGUUCAAAGUACAAGAUUCAACCGGAUGUUGCCAAGGCCAACGCCCCUAAAACUCUUCUCAAGCACCCCCGCUUCUCUAGUUUGCUGGUUGUGGACGAUGAAGGAAAGAUGAAAUGGGUUAGAACAGAGGUGGAUUUGGACAAGCACGUCAUAGUUCCCGACAUUGAUAUUCCAAACAUUGAAUCCCCAGAUAAGUUUGUGGAAGACUACAUCUACAACCUCACCAAAACCAGCCUCGACAAGUCCAAACCUCUGUGGGAAAUCCACAUCCUCAACCUCAAAACCUCCGACGCCGAGGGAGUGGGUAUUUUCCGGAUUCACCACUCCCUCGGCGACGGCACGUCGCUCAUGUCCCUCCUCUUGGCAUGCACGCGACAAGUCGCCAACCCCGACGCUUUGCCGACGCUUCCGAAGCAUAAGAAGAAGGACGAAAAGGGCGGCUUCAUUAGAAGUUUUUCGCAGUGCUUUUUUGGCGUAUGGUGGCUUCUAGGGUUGUUUUGGAAUACCAUGGUUGAUGUUUUUAUGUUUAUGGCGACGUCUUUGUUCUUGAAAGAUACGGCGACGCCUAUCACGGCUCCUCCGGACAGUGUGCGGAAUCCUCGACGGAUUGUUCAUAAGACGGUUAGUUUGGAUGAUAUGAAGUUGGUGAAGAAUGCUAUGAACAUGACAAUAAACGAUGUUGCCGUUGGAAUCACGCAAGCUGGUUUGUCUAAGUAUCUCAAUAGAAGAUAUGGUGAGAAAAAUAAUAAUGACAAAGGGGCAACCGAGAGCAAAAAUAAUCUUCCGAAAAAUAUUCGUCUCAGAUCUGUUUUGCUCAUUAACAUUAGACCAUCAGCAGGAAUACAGGAAUUAGCUGAUAUGAUGGAGAAGAACGCUGAAGCAAAAUGGGGCAAUUGGGUUGGUUAUAUUCUCCUUCCCUUUGACAUCGGUUUAAGGGAUGACCCAUUAGAGUACAUUCGCAGAGCCAAAAAUACUAUCGAUAGAAAGAAGCAUUCUCUUGAAGUUCUCGCCACUUCCGCUAUUGCAAAUUUACUCCUUAGAGUUUUGGGCAUCAAGAGAGCAAGUGCUCAAUCCCACAGAAUUUUCAGCAACACCACAUUCGUUUUCUCCAAUUUAACCGGACCACUUGAGGAAAUUGGUAUUUACGGCCAUGAAUUAGAAUACCUCGCUCCAACUUCUUACGGCCAACCACAUGCGUUGAUGAUUAAUUUUCAGAGUUAUGUCAACAGGAUGACUAUUGUUCUCUCGGUGGAUGAAAGAGUUUAUCCUGAUCCUUACAAGUUGUGUGAUGAUAUUGCAGAAUCGCUUAAGCAAGUAAAAGAUGCUAUCAUAGAAAAGGGGCUUGUCAAAUAGUAACUAAAUAUUGGAACAACUGCAACGAAAUCAAGCCCUAUGUUUUCAAGAAUUCAACCAAACAAUUAAACUUUGUAAAUUUUAGGAACAAUUCUCAUUUAUAUUGGCUUGUUUUCAUUUAUCGAUGAUUGUGUCUAAUAGACACUUUUAUGUCAUAAUUAUUACUUAAUUUGAAAAUUUGAACAUAUUGGGACUUCCAAAUACAA